GUAAUUUUUUUUUUCUUGUGGUGCUCAAUCUUACUAAUCUUAAUUUCCGUGGGUGAUGAAGACCAUCAAUUCUUUCCAAAUUGUAGAUAUUCCGGAAGAUGUUCAAAUCUCCGUUAAAUCUCGUGUCGUAACAGUUAAAGGUCCUAGGGGACAAUUGGUUAAAGAUUUUACCCAUGCCCAAGUUUCCAUCUACAAAGUGGGAAAAAAUAAGAUUAAAGUUGAAAAAUGGUUUGGUAAUAAAAGACAAUUGGCACUGAUUCGCACCAUAUGUAGCCAUAUCAAGAAUAUGAUUAAGGGUGUUAUUGAUGGAUUUCGUUAUAAAAUGCGAUCAGUAUAUGCACAUUUCCCUAUCAAUAUUAACAUGGUAGAAAACAAUACUAUUGUAGAAGUAAGAAACUUUUUAGGCGAAAAAUACAUUAGGCAAGUGAAAUUGCCAGACACUGUUGCAUGUAUUGCUUCAACCAAACAAAAAGACGAGAUUAUUAUUGAUGGUAUAGAUAUUCAAAAAGUUUCACAAACAGCUGCACUUAUUCAACAAUGUACAUCUGUCAAAAAGAAGGAUAUAAGAAAAUUUCUAGAUGGUAUUUAUGUUUCUGAAAAAACAACUAUUUCUCACGAUAAAUAGAAUUUUUUUUAUUUGUUUAAAAUAUUUAAUAUCAAUAAAAUUUUAUAAAU